AUUAUAGAUGAUUGAAAUUUUGUUAUUUAAUCUAGGUAUUUAUUAACAACUUGACUGCAAUAUUCAUAAUUCAUACCUAUAUCAUGGUCCGUGAGACUCUUUUUUUGACCUACUUAAUUUAAAUAAAAGGGUUAAAAUUGAAAUUAGAUGGAAAAAAACUCAAAAACUUCAAAUUUGUAGAAUGUGAUGUGGAACUUGAAAGUGUUGGACAAAUAUCUAAAAAUGAUUUGAAGAAUAUUUUAGACUCAAAAGAAGAUGGACAAGACACAACUAAUACGUACACUGAAAAUAAUAACUCUUCUGAUGUUAGCACUUCUACAGUUGUGGAAUAUGAUGUGGGACUUGAAAGUGUUGGACAAAUAUCAGAAAAUGAAUUUAAAAGUAUUUUAAACUCAAAAGAAGAUGGACAAGACACAAAUAAUACAUACACUGAAAAUAAUAACUCUUCUGAUAUUAGCACUUCUACAGAUUUGAAUAGUAUGCUGAAUCUCCAAUAUGAUUUCCCAACAGACAUAGCCAAAUUUCCAUGGACUAUUACUGAUGCAAAUUUAAUAAGAAGUUUGAUUUUAUAUGGACCCUGUAAGCCAGAUAUUAACUUUCCAGUAAAUAAUAAUGGUAAACGUUUUUCAUCUAGUUAUUAUUUUCUAACAACUAAAUCUGGUACAAAAAUUCCAAGAACCUGGCUAUGUUAUUCUUAUAACUUAGACUGUGUGUAUUGUGAAUCAUGUUGGCUGUUUGCUGAUAGAUCUUAUGGCAAAUUUAAGUGGGAUUGGAUUUAUGGUAUUAAUGAUUGGAAUCACUUGUCACAAAGUAUUCAAAGACAUGAAUCAUCUAUUCAACAUUUGGAUGCUGCCAAAAUUCGUUCCAUUUGGGUUAAAAAUGAAACCAUUGACGCUAGUUUAGAAAAACAAUAUACUGAUGAAGCAGUGAAAUGGAGGAAUGUAUUGAAAAGGUUGAUAAAAAUUAUACUUUCUAUAACAGCAGGAAAUUGUGCUUUAAGAGGGAAUGAAGGAAGCCUAAAAAUUAAAUGUGCCACCGAAGGAAACUUUUUAAGAACAGUUCGAUUACUCGCAGAGUUUGAUCCUAUUCUAAAUGAUAUUUUAAAUGAUGAAAAUCAAAAAAUUAAGUAUUUAAGUUGGUCUAUUCAGAACGAGUUGUUAGACAUUUUGUCUACAGAGUUACGUCAUUUAAUUUGUAAU